CUCGCAGAACUGGAUGUGGAGCACGGGUAGAUCAAUUUCAUACUUAUCAAAAUUCUUAUCGGUGUCUGAGGUCUUUGAAGCUACGAAGCUACGAAGCUACGAAGCUCAACCAAUUUCUUUUAACCUCAACCGUGGUUUCUUCUGCUUCUGCUGCAUUCUCUUUCUCUCACGUACGGUUUACCAGCCAUUCACUCUUUCUCUCCUUACCUUACCUUACAUUGUCCCUUUACCAUCGGUUCACCCACAUCGGAUGAUAUUAUCAGCCUCUGUCGUCAGCUAAAGAAAACCACGCCGUUCUCAUGCAUCACUGUGUGUGUAGUAUCAGCACACCAGGCCUCUAGUCAUUCCUUGCGACUCACAUCACCCCAUUCGUUACGUGCGACUUUCCAGCUUUCCAAUUGGCUACGUCUAAUUCACAUAUCUCCCUACCUAUACGAAUAACGACAAACACUUGAGGUCUGCACAAUGGCUUCUCUUCACGCUUCAUUGCGUACGGGUGCGAGAAGAUGUAGUAGACAAUAUAUAUCUAAUCUUACAUCCAUAUCUCGAUUGUCGAGAUCAAUUGCUGCAGGUACGUACAUACGUAUGAAGUUGUUUUCAUUUAUUUGUUUACCCUGAGUCCUGAGUCGGGAAAAAAGUUUGACGAAUGGGUCCGAAUAUCGGCUUGAUAUUGGAGCUCUGACUACUGGGGGGCGAUGUCAUCCAUACCUUGUCAUUACUCUGUUAUGAUCAUGCGAUGACUGUGCUGUCCUGGUACACGUUAUUACUUUUCAACCUUUUUAUUUUAUAUACUUCUUCUUUUUCUUCUUCUUCUUCCUCAUCGCCUGUUUAUUCCUUUUCUGCAUUUAAUUCACGUUGCUCAGGGUUAGACUAUACAAGUGCAAGCACGUAGACUAAACCAAACCUCUAAUCAUCUACUUCAUCAUAGAUUCUCUUCACUCCCGCUCAUCACUACAACCACGAACCAGAACCAUGUCUACCACUACUUCUCUCCGAAGCUUAAACAUCAAUAAUAUCAAUCCCCAUAUCAAAGAAGCCAAAUAUGCCGUUCGUGGUGCUCUCGCAGUUAAAUCUGAAGAAUACAGAGCUAAGCUCGCAAAAGGCGAUAAGGACCUUCCAUUCGAUACUGUCAUAAAUGCCAAUAUUGGAAAUCCUCAACAAUUGGAUCAGAAACCUAUUACUUUCUUUAGACAAGUCUUGAGUCUGAUUGAAUAUCCACCAUUGUUGGAGAAGGAGGAUGUGUUAUUGAAUCAGUUGGGCUAUAAGAAGGAUGUUAUUGAGAGAGCGAGGUGGUUACUAAAGGAAGUUGGAAGUGCGGGUGCUUAUAGUGCCAGUGCUGGUGCUACAGGAAUUAAAAAUAGUGUGGCUAGAUUUAUUGAGAGUAUGUUUUUGCCAUUUCUAAUAUUUCAUGACUGACAUCACUAACCUCUUCCUAAGAUCGAGAUGGCUUUCCUUCAGACCCAAAAGAUGUCUACCUUUCCGCCGGUGCUUCCUCUGGAGUUAACACCCUCCUUCACGUAAUCUGUGCCGGCCCUAAUACAGGUGUUCUUGUACCCAUCCCACAAUACCCAUUAUAUACUGCUUCCCUCUCUGUCCUCAACGCAAAAUGCGUUCCAUACUACCUUGACGAAGCUCGCAGUUGGGGUACCGACCUCCAAGCCAUUAAAGACGCAUACGCCUCCGCUGUUAAAGAAGGAACCGAUGUCCGAGCAAUUGUCAUAAUCAAUCCCGGUAACCCAACCGGUGCAAGUCUACCACCUCAAGAUAUCGAAGCAGUUAUUGAAUUUGCCGCCGAGAAAAAAUUGGUAGUAAUGGCAGAUGAAGUUUACCAGACCAACGUCUUUAAAGGAAAAUUCCACUCCUUCAAACAAAUCCUCCGCGAUCUUCAAUCCAAAACCCCAGAAAAAUACGACAAUGUCGAACUUGCUUCUCUCCAUAGUAUAUCCAAAGGAAUGGUGGGCGAAUGUGGACACCGAGGUGGUUAUUUCGAACUCUGUGGUUUUGAUCCCGAGGUCGUAGAACAGAUAUACAAAUUCGUCAGUAUCAGUCUAUGCGCGCCAGUAAUCGGACAAUGUCUCGUAGAGCUCAUGGUCAAUCCACCCAAACAAGGCGAACCAUCCUACGAACUCUACACGCAAGAAUACAACAACAUAUUCUCUGGACUCCAAAAACGCGCCACAGCACUCUACGAAGCCUUUGCACAAAUGGAAGGUGUCGAAUGUCCCGAACCUCAAGGAAGUAUGUAUUUAUUCCCCACAAUCAACCUACCUGAAAAAGCAGUCGAAGCUGCGAAGAAAGAGCACAUGACCGCAGAUGAAUACUAUUGUCAUAAAUUACUCGAGUCGACGGGUGUUUGUGUGGUGCCUGGAAGUGGGUUUGGUCAGAGGGAAAAUACGUUGCAUUUCAGAACGACGUUUUUGGCUCCGGGUACAGAGUGGGUGGGUAGGAUUACGAGGUUUCAUGAGGGGUUUAUGAAGGAGUUUAGAUAGUGGGUUCGUGGGUGGAUGAAUAUAUGAAUGACUCUAAACGCAUUUUAUAAAUCAUAUAAAUGUAAACAGA